GUCAUAUUUCUCAUCAUGUUAGGCAUUUGAAUCUAAUUGGUGGGAGGGAAAUGGUGCCAACAAUUUUAGGAGAUGUUGCUGAAAAGUUGCAGACAUUGUUUUCCAAGCAUGGUGUUUUUAGUGAUGUGCAAGUGGAUCUUAAAAGGUUGCGGGCUCUCAACCUUGAUGAUGCUUCUGAUGCAAAACAAUUGCCAACAUGCUUUGGCAACUCGAAGAGCUUGAGGUACUUGGACAUUUCAGGAACUCAAAUAGGAGAACUGCCCAAGUUCAUCACCAAGCUAUACAAUUUGCAAACAUUUCGAUUCGCAAACUGCAAAUCUCUUAAAAUGCCUACAGGAGGAAUAGGAGAUUUAAUCAACUUGAGGCAUAUUUAUUUCAAUGAUGAAGAGCGUAUGCCUGCAAACCUUGGGAGACUAACCAAAUUACAAACAUUGCCAUUGUUUUUUGUAAGUACAACAAAGGGAUGUAAAAUUGAAGAACUGGGAAGCUUAAGAGGACUCAAAGGAGGACUAGGGAUCCGUAAGCUUGAUCUUGUUGAAGGCAAAUCGGAAGCCGAGAAAGCUAAAUUACAUGAGAAGGCAGUUGAUGUGUUGCAAUUAUGUUGGAGAAAAGAAGGCAAUCGUGAUAUAUUAGAUGAAGAUGUUCUGGAAGGCCUCCGGCCUCACUCAAAUAUAAGAAGAUUGAGUAUUGAAGGCUAUGGAGGUAGAAACUUGGCAUCAUGGAUGUUGAAGAGCAGUAAAGAAUUGUUGUCACUCAACAAUUUGGUGGCACUGAGAAUUAGCGAUUGCGGGAUGCUAUACAGAAUUCCAGGUAUUAGUGGGUUUUCUUCUCUUCAGCAGCUUUCUGUUGUUUGGUGUAAUGAAUUAACUAGUUUGGGUGAUGGUGAUGGAGCAGUACUUACAUCGUUGUCUCUCAAAGAAUUACACAUAUAUCAGUGUGGUAAGUUGAAAAGUUGUCCGGUUAGUGGAUUAUCAUCUCUUGGGCGGCUCUUUAUUCAAUGUUGUGAUGAAAUGACUAGUGUGGGUGAUAGUGAUGGAGCACUUACAUUGAUUUCCCUCAAAAACUUAUCCAUAACUAAGUGUAAUAAGUUAGAAAGAUUUUUGGUUAGUGGAUUAUCAUCUCUAGAGGCACUCCAGAUUUGGCAUUGCAAGGUGAUAAGUAGCAUAGGAGAUAGCCUAUUAAGCUCUACGUGUCUCAAACAAUUAUGUCUGCUAGAGUGUCCUGAAUUGAAGUUUGUUCCAAGUCUAGAAGGACUUGUCUCUCUGAAAAUAGUAAAGUUGAAUGAUUGUGAUGGAUUAGAGUGUCUACCUAGUGGACUCUCAUCCUGCACUGCUCUGGAGGAAUUGACGAUAUGGAAUUGCUGUAAUUUAGUUUCUAUUCCUGAAGAAUUGAAACAGUUACGAUCUCUUGUUGAGUUGGAUAUUCGGGAAUGUCGAAAAUUGAGGAGCUUCCCAGAGGAGAUCUUGAGCUCCCUUGCCAGCUUGAAGACAUUAAGGCUUGGCCCUCUCUCAGAAGAGCUGGAGGAAUUCCCAAAUUUGAGUUCCACUUCCACUUCCACUCCAACCUCCCUUGAAGUCUUGUGUUUGGCUGGAUGGGGAAAUGUAACUCUGCCACAUCAAAUUCAACGCCUCAUUACUCUCAGGCACUUAACUAUCGAAAGCUUCAAUGGAGUGGAAGAAGCAUUAUCGGGAAACCUAUCUUUUCUUAAAACACUUAGAAUUAAGGGUUGUACUGGGUUAAGGCGUCUAUCAACUGGGCUGUUAUCUCUUGAGAGACUCACUUAUUAUUAUUGCCCUAAUCUGGUCUCUUUUCACGGAGAGUUGAAGGAAUUGCAUUCUCUAACCGUUUUAGGUUGUCCGAAAUUGGUGGGCUUGCUAAAGGAGAGUCUCGGCUGCUAUACUAGGUUGAAGAGAUUACAGAUCGGCCGCUUCUCAGAAGAGCUGGAAGAAUUCCCAAGUCUGAGUUCCAUCCCCGCCUCCCUUGAAGAGUUGCUUCUGCACGGAUGGAAGAAACUAACUCACCUCCCACAAAUUCAACACCUCACUGCUCUAAAGGAGUUGAGUAUAAGGGACUUCGGUGGAAUGGAAUCUUUGCCAGACUGGUUUAACAACUUGUCCUCCCUUCGACAACUUCGUAUUUCGAACUGCCCAAACAAGUUAAAGGAAAGAUGCACCGAGGGAAGCGGUCCUGACUGGCACAAGAUUUCUCACAUUCCAUGCAUCGUAAUAAAUGGGGAGAUCAUCCAAGACAAACACUGAGGCAAAGAGAUGUGGUUAAUUACGAGUGAAUGAUCAAUGAGUUGAUGGAGUGAUGAUUUCUAGAAUUCUGGGUUGAAAUUCUACAAGCUUCAACGUUGAGGAGGAGAGGAAGGAAAGCAGCAGUGUUUGCCAAGCCAAAGACAAUUCUGUCUUUUCUACGAGGGGAUCAGUUUUAAUUAGUUCAGAUUUGGGAGGAUAUUCAAUGUCAUUUCUUAAUUGCUCUACUAAUUCUUUGAAAACCGACCAAUUCACGGGAUUGACUUGGAUGAUGUUUAAGGUCCCUCUGUAAGGACAUGUCAUUUGAUUUGAGCCAAAUUGGCAUAAGUUUGCCUGCAUUUCCUGCAAGGUCGUUUCAGCAGUGGUGUGGGUUUGAUUCCAGUAUGUUGUCUCUUGUUUUGUUUGUGCAUAACAGUGUUUUUUCAAAUUAUCACAACCCUCGGUCGUUGAAAAGAGGGAUCCCAAUGUAGGCACCAACCAAACAAUUUUGCAUCUCGUAUUCAAUGUUAUGAAGAACCUGAGGUUUCAGUCUUGAAAAAGGAAUCUGAGGUUGUUUGAGAUUCUCUACUUGGGACUUUGUCUUCAAGCUUUUUGUUUCACUUUUGAUGUUUUUGUACUCAUUUACUAUUAUUUGUUAUUGCAGAUUUGAUUUCUGCUGUGUGGUUUCUUGUUUGUUUCCCAUGAUCACUACUGAUUUUCCUUCAAAAGUAUCCAUAUGGAGUCUUUAUAACUUGUUCUGCAGAUAAACGGGUGGAUGGCAACCAUCAGAGUGCUGCUAAAAUUGCAGACAGAAGCAUCUUUGUUUGAUGUUAUGCUACGUACUCACACAAGCCACAACAAAUACAAAGGACUAUAAGGACGCAGAUCACUUCUUGCCAUGUCCUUUUGCAGUUGUAGUCAUGAACACCUGUCUCCUAUGGUCAUGUUCACAACAGAUAGAAAUACUUGUGUUUUGGAUAUUGAUUCCUAGAUA